GCGGAAAGGGAGUGCGGAAAUGCUUUUCAACACGCACUGGUUACUCCGUACACCUGGCUGCCAGCUGGCGGAAAACAUGAACGCUUUCUGCUUGCUCACUCAACAACGGAACCCUUCGCACGGCACUCACCAAACCGCAGCAGCCAAAUGAAGGGAAAUCCAUCCCAAUUCUCGACACUCCCAACCUCCUAGCACAGCAUGUCAUGUUUGAGCUGCCAGAUGCCAAGCGAGUAAGGCGAGAUGAGCUCUACGAGUCCUCGUCAGACCGGCACUCCAGUCCCGAGAGGGACGAUGCAGAGGAUGCUGAGCUGCGGGCCAAGCUGAACGCCCGUCUCUCCGGUCUCCUGUCAGUAGAUCUGGGGCCGCCUGGCCCCGCACCAGCCACCACCAACAUCGGAUCCCAAUCACCAGACGGCGCAAAUCAAGCCGGCGUAGACUCAGAGCCGAAAGCAGCGGCAAAACCGGAAUUUGAAUUCCGCCUCUUCUCGACGUCGGCCCCGUCCCAGAAGGUGGUGCUCGUGCCCGAUGACGAAGAAUUCAAGUACGACGGGCCCGCCAUCUCGCAGCGGCCGCUGUCACAUUACAUCCGCGGCGAGCUGACGCCGCGCGAGCGCGAGCAGUUCCGCUUCGCCGCCGUGACGGCGCACGACGUGCGGGCCUGGGCGCAGCAGCGCGCCUGGGGGCUGGAGGUGCCCUGGCGCGUGACUAAGCUGACGGUGACGGCGGUUGGUGGGAAGGGCGCAACCGGCCCCGCCGCCGCCGCUCCUGCUGCUGCGGAUGGACUGUUGAGGCAGCAGUCUAUCGAGGGUUCUCAGGGAAUGGAGAAGACGAAAACGAAGAAAAAGACGCGGCCGGGGAAGAAGAGCAGAAUCGUGCUGCGGAAGAGGAAGAAGGCGAAGGAGGAGGCGGCGGCGGCGCUGGAGAAGCAGAGAAUGAGCAAGGAGGAACACUUGCGGGAGAAGAAGAAGCGGUUGAACAGGGAGAAGAAGCUGAAGAGGAGGCGGAAGGAGAAAGAGAAGAAGCUGGCUGCGAAGGGCGCCGCGGGAGAGGGAGACGGGGCCAGAGGGUCGGGAUCAGAAGCGGGAAGUGCCGGGUAGGAGUAAGGCAGCAUCCUCGGACACUUGGUUAGGUGGUAAAACAUGCCUGUUUGGGACACUCCAUUGCUAGGAACUCCAAAUCUGGGGGGCAUCUAUGAGCCUGC